AUGGCCGCCGCAAACCAGAUGCAUAACCUCACGACGCUGAUCAAGCGACUCGAAGCUGCCACCUCGCGCCUCGAAGACAUUGCCACGUCGACCGAGCUCCCCAAGGACGCCGCCCUAGCCCUUCCCGGCGCUUCUUCCUCGCCCACCGACGCCUCCGCUGCUGCCACGCCCCGAUCUGCGCCGCAGCCCCCCGCAGCAGCGGCAGCCGCCGUGCCCGAGGAGCUGCCCGAGUCCAUCGAGGACUUUGACGCCUUUGUGGACUCGGCCGUCGCUGACUACGUCAAGCGCAGCAACGAUGUCGGCGGCCUCGUCGCUCUCCAGGCCGCCGACGUCCUCGCUGGCUUCCGCGCCCAGCGCAAGUUCCUCCUCAUCACUACUCGCUCCGUCCGCCCCGACCUCCAGGGCGCCGACAUGGCUCUCUACCAGGACCUCCUCAAGCCCAUCAACGAUGCCCUCAUGGCCGUUACCGAGCUUAAGGAGGCCAACCGCUCUGACCCCAUGUACACCCAGCUCAGCGCCGUUGCCGACGGCAUCAUGGUCCUCGCCUGGGUCACGGUCAGCCACAAGCCCUUUACCCACGUCGAGGAGUUUCUUGGCUCCGCUCAGUUCUUUGGCAACCGCGUCAUCAAGGAAUACAAGGACAAGGAUACCAAGCAAGUCGAAUGGAUUCAGUCCUUUUACCAAAUAUUCAAGCAACUUCGCGACUACGUCAAGCAGUACUUUGCGAACGGCAUUCCAUGGAACCCCAAGGGCGAGCCGGCCGCCGUGGUAGUGAAGGCCCUGGACUCGGCUUCCGGCAACGCCGCCCCUGCACCGCCAGCUCCCUCUGCCGGCGGUCCGCCGCCGCCUCCGCCGCCUCCUGGGCCUCCUCCAGUCCUUGAUGUCAAGACCGAAGAUGCUGCACCAGCCGCACCAGCCACAGCUGGUGGCCUUGGGGCCGUUUUUUCGGAGUUAAACAAGGGUGACGCCGUCACAAAGGGCCUGCGCAAGGUCGACAAGUCUCAGAUGACACACAAGAACCCCGCGCUCCGCGCGAACACUACCGUUCCGAGCGGCAGCGAUCGCCCUAGGAGCCCUGCCCCGGGAAAGAAGCCCAAGCCCGAGAGUAUGCGGAUGAAGAAGCCUCCUAAGAAGGAGCUCGAAGGCAACAAGUGGACCAUUGAAAACUACGAUAAGGAACCUCAGCCCAUUGAGAUCCACGCCGAGCUGAGCCACUCGGUUCUCAUUAGCCGCUGCAACAACACUACCAUCAUCGUCCGCGGCAAAGCCAACCAGGUGACGGUGGAAAAUUCGAGCCGCCUUUCCCUUGUCGUCGAAACCCUGGUGUCAACGGUCGACGUAGUCAAGGCGCAGAACUUUGCCUUGCAGGUUCUUGGUACUAUCCCAACCGUCCUGAUGGACCAGGUAGACAGUGCGCAAAUCUACUUCAGCAAGCAGAGCACCGGUACGAAAAUCUUCCACAGUAAGUCAGACGGCAUCAACCUCAACGUCAUUUCCGGGCCCGACGACGACUACAGGGAGGUGCCCCUGCCGUCGCAGAUGUGCACGUACUACGACACCCGCAAGGGCGACCUCGUCAAUGAGAUUGUGGCCCACGCUGGUUGA